AUGGCUGGAAGAGGUCGUGGACGUGCUUCUGGUGAAUAUAUUAAUUUACCUUCAAAUGCAGCUGCUGAUGUUGAUGCUUAUUUUGAAUAUCGAGCUAUUGUUGGUGAUGAUGAUGAAGGAAAACAUCUUCAUAAUCGAUUAUAUGUUUCAUGGGUUAAUCCUCAAGGAAUGGAUUGUAUUUUAAUUGGACCACAACAUAAAUGUCCUUGCCGACAUAAAUUUGCUGAACAUAAAACAGAUUUUGCUGAAAUUCCUACUGAACAUCCAAUACUUAUUUCAUGUCGUCAAUCAGGUUGUCGUUGUGUUUCAUUUGAAUAUGUUACUAAUGCAUCGGGUACAAGUGAUCCAAAUUGUCGUUGUAAACAUUCACUUGAUAAUCAUACAACAAAACCACCUUAUAAAUGUCAAAAAAAUUGUAAUUGUACCGGAUUUUCUGCUCCAUUUACAUGUACAUGUGGUGAAUCAGCAAACAAACAUAUAACUCUAGUUGAAACAAAAGAAGAAAGAGAAAAACGUGGUCAUCCAACUGGUUAUGCAACACCAUAUCAAGCAAUGGGUGGUUUAACAGGAUUUAGUUCUUUAGCUGAAGGUUAUUUACGAUUGGAUCCAAGCGGACGAGGUACAAAAGAAAAUAACGUAAGUAAAGUUAGCACCAGAUUCGAGUUCUUACUGUCUGGAUUCGCUCCUGAAUUUGAGUUGAUUUUGGUUCAACUUGAGUUAUAUGCAGAAUUUUACGGC